UACUUCCGGUCGCUACUUCCGGCUGCAAAUCAGUCCGUCAGAGCGAUUUUCCGUCCCCAGUACCGGUUUGUGUACGCCGACUAGCAGACUUUGGUGCCCCGGAGCCAACUUUGGACCCAAUUUACAGCAGCAACGCUUUCAUUUCCAUCGAUUAGGGUGCCUGUCGGAUCACCUAGGCCGGAUUUCGUGGCGAAAAUCUGGAAAUAUGUAGAGUAUUUGUCGGGGAUUAUCAGCUGUUUUGGCCCGUACGCGCAGGUCUGUUCGGAGGGAGGCGCAGUGACGGCUUGGCUCUCUCCCAACAUGUAACCUUUGGAUUCAGCACAAUUAGGACUAAACUGGAGGAAUUUCACUGGAUUUUACAUGCUGUAGGACGGAACCAUGGCUUCGACAAGUUCUGGCAGCAGUGUGGACCGCGUGGAGCUCCGUCGUCAGGCACAGCUCCAGCGCGCCGGCAUGAAGGUUUCCACGGAAACCCCCGCCGUGUCCAAGCCUCUCUUCGACGCACCAGUCAAGAUUGACCCCCCUCCUGACGACCACGUGUACCGUAAGACCCAGGAGACGCUGGGCCAGUUUAACCUGAUCCGCCACUCCAUGCUCAGCAGCCACAACCAGUACCUACUGGGGAUCCCCAAGGGGCCACAGACGCCCAUUCUCAACAAGACUGCCGACAGCGUCUGGGCCUCCAAGUUCCCGGCCAAUGGGCAGCUCCCGCCACAGAAGCCCGCGGGAGCCCACCGGCCCAAACCGUCCGGGCGGAGCUCGAGCGCAGAGCGCAGCCGCGGCUCCAAGUCUCCCGCGGAGAAGCGACCUCACGGGAGGUCAUCAGCCAAUCACAAGUCUUCUUCUCACGGAGCGAAGGGCGCCGACAAGCCUGAAGAAAAGAAACGACAGGAGGAGCCGCGGGACAUUAAGGAGUCGCGACCGAGACCGUCCGAGGCGGGCCACGAGAGACGCAAGUCCAGCGGAGGCGGCAAGCGGCGCUCCGUGAGCCCGCACCCUCCCAGAAAGGACGGUCAGGUCACGUCAGGUCAGGUCACGUCAGGUCAAUCACACAGUAGCAAGGCCCCCGGAGAGCCCAAUUCCAAAUCCGCGCAUUCCAGACCGGAGAAGUCUCCUCCGGUCCAGCCGGACUCCUCCUCCUCUGCAAGCUCCUCCAUCAAGAUGGAGGCCUCGUCCACGAAGGACGACGCCUUCCAGAUGCCAGCGCCGCUCUCGACCGCGCCCGGGAGCCACCGCCCGAGCCACAGCGGCGGGAAAACGAGCGACAGGCCCGAGGAGAGGCCCAACGGUCUGCUGGCCACCCCGGGCCAUGGUGGUAAGAAGGAGGGAGUGGAGAAGGAGCUCUCCAGGGAAGACGUGAAGAGGAAACUGACGCUCACCAUGCCGGACACUUCAGAGGAAGCAAGACUGAACUCCAGUGGGGGUCUAAAGAGCGCCGGCACCGAGAAGGUGGAAAUCAUCCUCAAGGAGAUGACUGAGGUCGGCCCUCCUCUGACUGGGAUCCACACGCCAAUCAAGACUGACGUCUCCAAGUUUCCCUUCCCUGCAAACCAGGAUGUUCCCAGCGCGCAGCUGAGUCGCACAAAGAGAAAAACCACCGCGGAGUCCAGUGGCGGCGGGAAGACGAAACCCAUGGGGCCAUCCUCCGAGUUGAAGAAAUACUUUCUGGACAUGAGCGACAGUGAAGACGACGAUGAUCAGGCUCGACAGACCAAGACGUCAGGAAGAAAUGCUCAGAAAAUGAGGUCCCCUGCCCGACGGACGCCGAUGUUGAGUUCGGGCAGCAGCAGCUCCUCCAGUGGCUCCGAGGAUUCCUCCGACUCUGACAGCGAAGGGUCGUCCUCGAGCGAUGAGAGCGUUCAGGACGCCCCGCCGCCCGCCUCGCCGCCCAAGAAACGAACUGGGCCGAGCCCAGCCCUAAGACGGACAAGACAACCAAGACGGUGCAGGGAAAGAAGUCCAGUGACAAGAAAGGCAAACGGACCCCACAGACAAGCAGUAAGGUCAAGUCAAAGGAGUUUAUCGACUCCGACAGCGAAUCAGACUUGGAGGUUGACGUGGUGAAUAUUUCUCCGGAGAAGGGGGGUGCGUCGGCGAAGGCGAGCCCCUCCCCCCGGGCCAAACUGAACAGCUCCAGCAAACCAAAGGCGAGGGACAGCGGUAAGAAGGCCGCGGCCUCGAGUAGCGGCGGCGGCAGCCAGGAAAAAGCGCUGUCUGUGGACGUUUUAUCCAGCGAUAACUCGUUACUGUCCCCCCUAAACGAACCUCUCUUGUCUCCCAUUGAGGGGGACCUCGCUUCCACUGUGCCGAAAAUCACCUAUGGCAACAACGGCAUUCCGAAGUCUUUGAUAGUUAGCAUUGAUCUCUCCUUACUGGACAGAAUACCCGCCCGGAAAGACUCGUCCAGACAGGGAGAUAGCAAAAAGUCCAGUUCCUCCUCGGAGAGCAAACCCCGCAGUAAAGUACAGAAGAGGAAAAGAGACAACUCCCAAUCCCAGGCGGAUGCGGCUGGAGCAAGCACGGCAGAGGAGGUGCAAACAAAGAGGCCAAAGAAAGAGAAGGAGGCGACGUCGGAUUCCAAAGCUACCCCCACCAGAAGUCUCCCCACCCCCACCAGAACCCUCCCCACCCCCGCCACCAGCCUCAGCACCCCCACACGGAACCUCCCCACCCCUACAAGAACCCCCUCCCAGGCCACCCCCACCCGCACCACUCCAACAAGAACCCCCCCUGGCGGCAGGCAGGACAGUGAGAAAGGAAGGGGCUCUGCGCGUCGCUCCAGUGUUAGCAGCACCUCCAGCCGGCUGAGCGAGGAGAGCGCCAAAACCGACCGCUCCGCAAAACGGCGGAAAGUCGAGCGACAAACCUCGCAAGAAUCCAGCAAGAAAAAGGAAAAGGACUGGGACGCGCCUCCAGCCGUCGUCCCCGAGCACAGCCAGAACGGCGUCGCCACGGAGCCCGUCGCCAAGGCAACGAACGGGCACGCGGCGGGGAGCCAGUGGGGGGAGCUGGCGUCGGGGCAGCAGGGCGGAAAGGCGUGGGAGAGACACGACCCCCGAGGGGACAUUCCGUACUUCACCAGCAGUAAGACAGACACAGAGGAAAGGCCUCUGUCUGCAGACCACUACUUAACAGAAGCCAAAAAUCUCAAGCAUCUGGCAGACGGCUUGGCGGACAAGAACCAGAAGACUCUAACGUACGUGGACGCAGUGUUGUACUUCAUCCAGUGCGGCAAUGCCAUGGAGAGCGACCCCCACUUGUCCGAGUCCAAGUCGCCCUCAACCAUGUACUUAGAGACUGUGGACCUCAUCAAGUUCAUCCUGAGGUUCAACAGCCACCACAUGCACAACCAGAGUCAGGACCAGACCACUUCAGACAAGAAACUUGCAGUCCUGUGCCUGAGAUGUCAGUCCCUUUUGUACAUGAAACUCUUCAAGCUGAAGAAAGACUAUGCCAUGAAGUACUCAAAGGCACUGACUGACCACUUCAAGAACCCUCCCAAGAACACACAAGUCCCCUCACCCUACCAGCACAACUGGAACGGUGCAAGGGGCACAGGGACCCCCUCCCCCAUGUCCCCAACCCCCUCCCCUGCAGGCAGUGUUACAUCGGUGGGGUCCCAAGGCAGCAACAACGGAGACCUCACCCUCAACACACCCACACAGAACAAACUGAGUAACGGCACGUCGGGCAGCAGCGUGACGAUUCCGCAGAGGAUCCACAGCCUGAUGCAGGAGCACCUCAAGAUCACCAACCACCUGCUGCACAGCCAGGACCUGUGGGAGCAGGCCAACACACUCGCACAGGAGAACCCAGAAUUUUUCAGAAGACUUGACCAGAGAUUGGGAGCGCUCACCCUACACAGUACCCUGAUCGAGCUGGUGAGAUACGUCCGGCAGGGCCUGCAGUGGCUCAAGGAGUCCUGACCUGUGACCUCCGGCCCCACAGGACUGGUUUAACCUCUCACCUUUGACCCAGGACUGACCUCACAUCAGAUGGGUGUACUUAUGAGUUGUGCCUGGCCUGGGAGGGGUCAACCAUACAGUGAACUAUGAACUAUGAACUACAAACUUCAUUUGUGCAAACAAAUCGUUGACAACGCUAAAAAAAUAUCUGCUAUCCUUUGAUGAAAGAAUGGGAUAGAGAUGCAAUUAUUUCUUUUCUGUUUUUUCCAAUGAUGCAGUACCUAUGACGUAUCACAACAAGAGUACUUUGGAAGAAAAUGGCAGUUAUCAGUACCAAGUACUUAAGAAGCCAUUUCAAACCUUCGCUCUUAUGCUGUCUGACCGAGACGCUAGCAGAUUUGCAUGUCUGCAUAUGAACACCAAGGGCUUAAAGCAGGCUCUUGCAAAUAACUAACUGCUUGAAGAAAUCUUACUGCCAAACGACAAGGUCUUCACGCAAUCUUCACCUCAAGAUCUCCCUGCAAAAUUGUCUUAAAGAUCAGAAGGUUGUUGGAAGUCCUUGAGUAAGUUCAUGGCAAAUUUAUGUAGCAAAGUUUGGUCCUGCGUUGCUGCCGGACUGUAGAGUUGCUAUGGUCUCUCUCUCUCCCAGGCCACUGAGAUCUCACGGGUGCGCGACGCCGAUUUGUACUCAAAGACAAACAGGGCACUUUGAUAACUUGUAUAAUUGUAUUCAUAUGAAAAAUCCUGAUCCCUUGUAUUAUAUUAUACAUAACUAUUCAUAGUGGCUUGUGAUGCUAUUUCUUCCAUGUUGUUAUUAUAGUAAUUCCAUUAGUUAUAUGCUUGUAAAAUGUAUAUUUCCAUUGGACGCUGUUGGCGUGUAUGCGCCGCGGCGCCGUGGGUUAUCGUAUGCGUUGUAUGUCAAUCCUUGUCGGCAGUGAUGGUACGGAAUCUUUGCGUCCUGAAUUGUGGAAAAAUGUCUGUUUUAUUAAUUGUGAAAAUUUAUGGGAGAGAAAGAGAAAAAUAGAGAUAUAUUUUUUAAAAAGCCUGUUGGGGUUUUACCACACCGAUUCCGGAGGAUGCAAGACUGGAGGAAGCAGGGCUGGCAGGAAGGUCAAAGGGCAAAGGUUAGGAGGUCAUUUGAUGCAAGUAGAAAGUACAACACCAGGAAUUCUGCACUGUCGCAAAAAAA